AUGAAUAUCAUUCAAGUAGCUUUAAAAAAUGGGCUAAGUGACAUAUAUUUACCAUCAAAAAUAAAUAUAGAAAAUAUUAGAGGUUUGAAUUUACCUUUAAAAAAGUUUAAUAAUUUAAAAAAAGAAUUUUUUUUAGAAUUAAAAGAGGUUGAUGAUGUGAUAUUAAUAAAAUUAAAUAAACAAGAUAUACCCUCCAAAAAAAUAUCUACAUAUUAUGGUCAGAUAGCAAUUGGAGAAAACCCAGAAAACUAUUUUAAUGUUUUAUUUGAUACAGGUUCAUCUGAAUUUUGGAUUCCUUUUGAGACUUGUAAUAGUUCUCAAUGUAAUAUACAUAAAAAAUAUAAAAAAAGUAAAACAUUUAAAUAUAAAUAUGAUAAAAAAGGAUUACCAAGUAUUUUAGAAAUAAAUUAUUUAAGUGGCAAAAUAAUUGGAUUUGAUGGUUAUGAAAGAAUAAAAUUAGGAAAAAAUCUAAUCAUUCCUAACACAAAUAUAUCAUUCGCUACAAAUAUAGACAUACCUAUUUUAGAAGAUUUCAAGUGGGAUGGUAUAAUAGGUUUAGGAUUUGAAAAUGAAGAUUCAAGAAAUCGUGGAAUAAAACCUUUUUUAGAUCAUUUAGCACAUGAAAAUAUUUUAAAAGAAAAAAAUUAUAAGAAUCAAUUUGGUUAUUAUUUGUCAGACAAAGAAGGAUUUAUAACAUUUGGUGGUAUAGAUAAAAAGUUAAAAAAAUCACCUGAGGAAAAUGUUAUUUGGGCUCCAGUUUCAACUGAUAUGGGUUUUUGGACAAUUGAUAUAUUAGGAAUUAGAAAAGAAAAAAUUAUUAAUUGGGAAGAAAAGAAAGAUGACGAAUUAAUAGUAAAAUAUGAAGGUUUUCAUGAUGGAGGAAGAAAGUCAAUAGUUGAUACAGGAACUUUCUUAAUAUAUGCUCCAAAAAAUACUAUGGAAAACUAUUUAAGUGAUUUAAAAAUAAAUUCAUGUGAUGAUAAAUUUAAACUACCUUAUAUAAUUUUUCAAAUAAGAUCAAAGGAAAUAAGUAAAGUUAAUGGAUUAGCUGUUAUGGAAUUAACUUUAUCACCUGAUGAUUACGUAAUUGAAUAUGUAGACGAAGUAAAUUCUACAAAAGAGUGUAUUAUAGGUAUACAAGCUGACGAACAAUUUGAAGAAGAUCGUAUAAAUGGAUGGACAUUGGGACAAGUUUUUUUAAAAUCAUAUUAUACUAUUUUUGAUAAAGAUAAUCUACAAAUAGGUUUUGUCAGAAGUAAAAAAAAUUUUUUUAAUGAUAAUUAUUUAAAAAAAUCAUUUUUAAGUUUGAGAACCAAAAAAAAAAUAAAAAAUUAUAAUGGACCAUUAUAA